GCUUACUAUGGUGAGGCACAACUGUAUUCUUAUCUAACAAUAAGAAUUGGAAUAUGUGUAUACAUAUACAUACGUAUAUACGUACAUACAUACUCUGUGGAUGCACAUUUUCACUUUUUCCUCCAUACGAUAACCAAUUGAAAAAGACUUACGUUGAUCGUGAGUCAUAGCGUAUGUGAACCAAUCAGCACUUGCCAGCUGGGAUUCCGGGCUUUUGACAGAGCCCAACGUGUAUAAAGCCAAGCGUGAGAUAAACUGAUGUAGUUCCAUUAGGAAUUUCUUUCAAUCUGUAAGUGCAUGAAUUAGAAGUUCCAGUGCAUUUACAAUACGAAUUCACGGGAAUAUUCUCUGUGUGGUGUGUAAGUUGUUUCAUUAGCGCAACACUAUAAGACAAAUAUAAAAUGAAUAACUCACUGAUGUUAGUACUACCCAUUCUUGUUGGAGUGAUCUGUACUGUAGCAGCUUUAAAAAAUGAUGAAUGUGAAGGUAUAUAAAUAAAUAUUCUGUACUUCUUUGUGAACACAUUAUCCGAUGAUGUUAAAAAGGACACUAGAAAGAUAGAAGCAGCAUUCAAAACAUUUUGUAAAAGCACAAAAUCUAAAGAAAACAGAUUUUGCUAUUACUUGGGAGGUUUGGAAGAAUCUGCUACUGGUAUCUUAGGUGAAUUAAGUAAGCCUGUAUCAUGGUCAAUGCCUGCAUCCAAAAUAUGUGAAAAGCUGAAGAAGAAAGAUGCUCAAAUAUGUGAUCUGAGAUUUGAGAAACAAAUUGAUAUUGACACAGUUGAUUUGAGUAAACUCAAAGUGCGUGAUUUGAAAAAGAUCUUGAGUGACUGGGAUGAAGCAUGCGAUGGUUGUAUAGAGAAGACAGAUUUUAUUAAGCGGAUUGAAGAAUUAAAACCUAAAUAUUCCUACAGUUCAAAGUCGGAACUCUGAAAGGUGUUCAGUGAUUUAGAUAAAUUAUUAUGUUAGUAUAGCUAAAAUUUUGGAUAAUCUUUAUUUUACAAAAUGAUUAAUUGUACUUAAAAUACACGUGUUCGUAAUUGAACACAUUCAAUUAUCAUUUUGUAAAAAUUUUAUUUAACAAGAUUUUUGAGGCCAGAUCGACGCAUUUAUAUUUCACUGAAAGUAAAAAUUGAUUCUCCUCUUAUUUGUACAAAACAAGUCAUAAUUUAGUUCUAAAAGAUUAGGAUUCCGAGCAAUGAAAAUUUGUGAGAACAGUACAUGUCUUAUUUAAUGUAGCUAUGCUAAUAAGUGUUGAAUAUCAUAAAAGGUGCUCCGUUUUUAUCGUACCAAUAGUAGACAAGUAUAAAUGACUCGAACAUUUCAUACUACAAAUUAUUUUUAUGGUUUUACCGUUCAUUGCUCUUCCUCGAAUAUUCUGAUACAGUGCGUUUAUACAUGUAUGAAUCCUAUUUAUACCAAAAGGCAGUGUACUAUAUCAAUAGAUGUGUAUAUGUGAUGAAC